AUGGCUACUAUAAAAUAUGAGACGGAUUAUACGCCUGCAAAUAUUAAAGCUCUUGCUGAUCAUGUGUGGUUCAAUUAUGACCAAGCCGGCGCAAUUUCGAGUGGUUCUUUCCAUACUGAUGGCAUGAUUAUCAUUCCGUGUAGCAUGAAGACUUUGGCAGCCAUUAGUUCCGGAUAUUGCGAAGAUUUGAUCGCCAGAGCUGCCAAUAUCAUGCUAAAGGAAAGACGGAGGUUAGUCUCGGCAGCCAGAGAAACACUGUUGAGCGAGAUUCAUUUGAGGAAUAUGAUAACGGUCACCCGAGCUGGAGCGAUCAUUUGCCCGCAGAUGCCGGCAUUCUAUACAAGACCCAGUUCGAUAGAUGAUUUAGUAGAUCAAAUGGUAGGGCUUUGCUUAGAUCUUUUCGGGCUUGACACCGGAGAUUUUAAAAGAUGGAACGGACCUCCAAUGUCCGAGUAG